AUGUGCAAUAAAAGUCAAAAAAUAUUUCUACAUUACCAUGGUAUAAGAAAGAAAGUAUUUAAAUUUUUAAAUAUAAAUAAAGAAACUACGAAAGGGAAUUUAAACAUUGAAAAGUAAAAAUAAAUGAGUAAUAAAUUAGAAGAUAUAUAAACAUAUAGCGCCAUCGGAGUGAUGAGUGAACUACGGAACGUCAUCAGUAUAUCAACAUGGUUACGACUAGUUGUCCCGACGCGAUAACGAAACGAAGAUGUUAGAACUAUCUAAUAUUUAAAAAAAAAAGUAUAAAUAAAAAGAAAUUAUUGGAAAUUAAAAAAAAAAAAAUCGAAAUUACAUAUUGUGUAAAAGGUGUUAUUUCAGUGUUUAAUUAGAGAGCAUAGAGUGCUCAGCAUUUCAUAAUUUCAAAAUGUAGAAGAAUAACUAGAAUGUAAAUUACUUACCAAUGCCACAGAAUUAAGGCUUGGCUUUAAUUGUAAGUCAAUUUUACUUUGAAUUCUUGCCUUAGUGUAUUGGAAGAUUGUUAUCUAUUCUUUAUUGCAAUUUUUAUAGGUUAUCUUAUAUGUGGUCAUAGUUUUAUAUAUUCGCCGCAUGUUCACCUGUUAUCAAUCAUAUCAUCAACAAAUAAUUUUUUAAAUAUGUAUUUUCCAUAACUUUUACACGACAUUAUACUGAACAUCAUUAAAUAUAACUUUAUAGUUAAAAUAAGACAAUUAAAUUAGUGAAACCUUGAACAUUAUUUUUUUGUCUCCUCUUUUAAUUCCUUGUUUCCUGUUUCUAUUUUUUGUAUUAUCUCCAUAGUGUACUUAAUUAAUUUAAUACGUAAUGUUUAUUAUGCACAUUAUAAUUUGUGUAUUUAUUUUAUUAAAUACUCUGUGUUAAAUAUUAUUUACUUAUGCUUUCUAGAAAUGUUAACUAAAAGUAUUUAUAUUGUUAACUUUCAAUAUUAAAAUGUUUUAAUGAUCAAUAAGCAAUUUAAAUAAUAUGAACUUUUCAUUUUAUGCAAAUAAUUUUUUUUUUAAUCAAAUAUUAAUCAAAUAUUAAUCACAUUAUCAUCUUACAGCAAUCAAUAUCAUCAUGUUGUCAUAAAUAGAAAAGAUAAAAUCAAUGAUUGUACCAUGAGCUGUUCUGUAGAAUUAAGACAGCGUAGACAACAAGGGAUGGUGGAGGACCCUCAUAAACUUGCAGCAAUGAUGAAUAAAUCUCAGAGACUUGUGUUGGGACUGUUAGUAUUGUUAUUAGUUGAUAUCAUUUGGGUUUCUAGUACUGAACUUACUAAAUAUAUUUAUAGAGAAGCAGCAUUUGAAAAGCCAUUUUUUACUACAUAUGUAAAAACAUCAAUGUUUACAUUCUAUUUGCUUGGUUUAUGUUUUUGGCCUCCAUGGAGGGAUCAAUGCAAUAAACCAGCAACAUAUAUGAGUGAUCCAACAUUUGUACCAAUAAAAACACCAGACCAUUGUGAUCGUUCUUCAGGCACAGAAAGUGAUGAUUCAUCAAUACGAUCAGUAAGAUUUAGUAAAUUAGCAGAAGUUCGUCAUAUGUCAGAAAGUGAUGCCACAGAAGCAUUAUUGGCAAGACUUAGUUAUCAAGCAAGUUUAAGAGCUGGAGAACAUGCUAGACGGCAAGCUAAUAAGUUUUCUGUUCAGAAAGUUGCUAAAAUUGCACUUAUGUUUUGUUUAUUUUGGUUUAUAGCAAAUUAUACUUAUCAAAUAUCAUUAGUAAAAACUGAAUCAGGAGUUGUAACUGUAUUGACAUCAACUUCUAGUUUAUUCACUUUAUUCCUUGCUGCUUUUUUUCCCAGUAAUGGUGGAGAUAAGUUUACAUUGUCUAAACUAGUUGCUGUCUCUGUUAGCAUUCUUGGACUAGUUUUAGUUGGUCUUUCAGAUUUAACUAUAGAAGCUAGUAGAAUACCUACAUCCAUAAUAUUGGCUCUAGUCAGUGCAUUUUUUUAUGCAGCUUACAUUGUGUUUCUUAAGAGAAAAGUAGAUCAUGAAGAUAAAAUGGAUAUUCCAAUGUUCUUUGGAUUUGUUGGGCUUUUUAAUUUGACACUUCUAUGGCCUAUGUUCUUUAUUCUUCAUUAUGGUCAUUGGGAAGAAUUUGAAUGGCCAGAUACUCAUCAAUGGACAUAUUUAAUCAUUAAUGGUUUGAUUGGUACAGUUUUAAGCCAAGUGCUUUGGUUGGGUUGUUUUUUAACAUCAUCCCUUAUUGCAACCUUGGCAGUCAGUUUACUCAUGCCGAUGUCGAUGAUAGCUGAUGUCUUAUUAAAAAAAGUUGAGUAUCCUUGUAUUUUCUAUCUAGGAACCAUUCCAAUGCUAUUAGCAUUUCUUACUGUGUCUCUUCUAUCAUAUUAUGAUAAUUGGGAUCCAGUUAUGGAUUUAAUAAAAAGAAUUUAUAUUUGGAUUUUUAGAAAAAAUAGAUCAAUAAGAAUACCAGAUCUUGAAGCAGAACAAACAGAAUCGCUGAUAGGAAUAAAUAACGGUGAACAUGAAGCUUAACUCGACAAUAAUGAAAAAGAUGUAACAAAUGUGUUUUGUGUAUAUUUCUACAUCUAACAAAUGCUUCGUCAACAUGCAUAAAAUAUUAGUAUAUUCUGUAUAUGUCUUCUCAAUAUAAAUAUCUCCUUUCAUAAAAGGAUCUGUAUAUAAUUUAAACUGAAUAAUAUAUGCAUAUUUGAUUAUAAAGCAUUUUCACGAAGCAUUACAUAAUAUUAAGCAUGAAAUCUGAAAUAAUCAUAAUUACAUAAUAUUAAGCAUGAAAUUCUGAAGUAAUCAUAAUUUUUUUUUCUACAAUAUGUCUGUCGCUAUAUUAAUUUGCCAUAAAAAUUCCAUUCAUGUGCAGAAUAUUAUAAUACUGCCAGACAAUAAUUGCACAUUGUUCAAUAUAUAUAUGUAUAUAUUAUUUAAAAACAAAACUUAUGAGAAUGUUAUUUUUUUCUAUUUUAUAAAAAUCAAAUAGAAAAAUAUUUGUCCGUAUUUCUUAAAAAAGUUUAUUAUGCUGAUUAGUUGUUUAUUUGAUUUCUUUUUUUGAAAAAGUUUUUAUAUUUUUUACCAUGCAUACAAAAUUAAGAAUAUUAAAAGUUAUAUUUAGCUUUUAUAUUCACUACGGUUUUUAAAAAAAUUGUAAUACAUGAAUUGAAAAUGGAUUGUGAUGUUUUAUGUAAAAUAAUAGUAUAAUAAUGUAGAUUAUGAUAAGUAUAUUAAAGAUAUUGUUUUCAUCACUAGCAUUAAGCUAUUAUGUAAUUAUAUUUGCAACAGUGAUCUAUCAGUGCUGUGUACACUCUUUAGUUUCUCAAUCUUCCUAAAGGUAAUUUACAUACAUCUGUUUAAAAAAAGUCUGAGAAACAAAAGAGUACUUAUUUUAUUAUGUAAUAAGUAUUGAUAGUAUUUAUAUUAUAAUAUUUGUUAUUAAUAUUGCUUUAUCUAAAGUAUUACUGCAAUAAUUUCUUUAAAUAUUUCUUUAUUUUUAAUAUUAUUUGGAAACUACUUAGAAAAAUUAUCAAAAUUGUAGAAAUUAAUUUAUGUUUUGUUGCAUAUUUUCAAAACAACUCAGUGCAUAUAAAAUAUUUGUACAUACUUAUUUAAAAUGAAGUAUGCCCUAAAUUUUAAGACAACACCAGUGAGAUAUUUAUGCAAUUUAAAUGACGUAAGACCGUUAUAAUGAAAUUAUAUUUAGAUUUUGGACCAAUUUCAAAUUUGAUAAUACUAAAUAUGAUGGCUAGAGAAAGUUGAACAUUCAUCAAUGCAUUUUGUGGCAUACAUCUUUUAUAUUUUAUAAUAAUUCUAUCAUCUUUUUUAAAUCUAGUCAAAAUAAUUGUGAUACAUUCCUUUAUCACAAUAUAUUUUACACAUAACAUAACACCUAUGAUCAAUUUAUUUAUAAAAAAUGGACGUAUGUAUAUUUUGAUAUAUUAAUUAUGUUGGUUUGUUUAUAAAACGAUAUUAAUAACUUCUAUGUCAUAAUAAACAAUGCAUACAAUUUUCUUUUUUAUGUUUCAAUAAUGGAAAACUUGUAAAAAAGAAUUAUAUUGUUUACACAGAUUUUAAAUUUGCACAUAUACACUAUGCAUAUAUAUACAUAACAAAGAACUAUACUCCUUAUAUCAUAAAUUGUAAUAUUUUGUAAGCAAAAUAUUAAAAAGUCCAUACAUAAGUGUAUAAUUAGCUUGAUAUUGUGAUAUAAUUAUUAUGGUGCGCAAAUAUACUAUAAUUUAGUGUAAUAUAAAUCAAGCUAUAAGAUACUGAUGUAGAUCAUAGUUAAUUGUUCCUGCAUCUACUACAGUUGUAUUUAUUGUACAUACAAUAUUUUACUAUUAAGAUUAGAAUAAUAUACAUAUUAUAUAAAUACAUCUAUCAUUAAUAAAACAAAACGACUGAUUAU